AUGGCGGUUCUUGGAGCGUUCCGAAAGUGGUUGAGCCUCAAGCAGUACCAGCUUGAGGUGACUUUUAGCGUCUACAUGUUUACGCCCUGGGAGAAGUUCUUCUUCAGCUCCAUCGUCUUCCUCCUCUUCAGCCUGACCUUUAUCGCCGCCUGCCUCUACCUGCCGCACCACAUCUCCUUCCUGUGCGGCCGCGCCUGGUACUACAUCAACGGGGAGCACAUUGACGUCGCCGAGGCCAUGCACGAGGUUGUUAGGGACAUUUCGGCGAGCGCGCUGUCGGGGACCGUGGCGGACGUGACCAAGGAGGCGGCCGAGACGGUGGUCAGGGAGCUAUGA